AUUUUUUAUAAACAUUCAAACGUUUUUGUUGACUUUUUUUAAGUUGACACAUUCCGUUGCAUUUGAAUUAAGCGAUGAACCAGAACUAUCGAUAGAAGUGAUCGUCAUUGGCUGCACACAUUUAUUUUAUGCGUGUGUGUACACACUGACCAUUGCACUGGCACCGACGCCGCUGCCGCAAAAAUAUCGUUUGUCCCACCAUUUUUCGAAUUGUUUUAGACGCGAUCAGUGAACGGCAGCAGUUGAUUUAUUUAUGCAUAUUUGCAUUCAAUUAUAAGUGUGCAGUUACUUGGAGCUAGGCAUAUAAGUGGCAAUUAAGUGUUGAAUGUUUCUUUAUUAAAGUCGCAGCAUCUCGGCGAGUGCAAGUGGAAAUAAAACAUACUCAAAUUCAGAGACAUUCCAGGUGAGCGCCAGAUAAACAAUAAUUAACAAUAAUUCCACUGAUAAUAUUUGUUUUGCAAUUGUAGUGUCCGAUUGUAGCGUCAAACCAUGUCAGACUCUGUGGCCGUUGCUCUGCGCGUGCGCCCGCUGGUUAAGUCGGAGGUGGAGCGCGGCUGCCGCAUUGCCGUGCAGCGCCCCGUGGAUGGGAUUCCUCAGGUGACCGUGAAUGGCAGCGACUCGUUCACGUACAACUACGUGUUCGACAGCAGCGAUUCGCAGCAGAAUGUGUACAAGACGUGUGUGCGGAGCAAGCUGAAGAAGCUGCUCCAUGGAUACAACGUGACGAUACUCGCCUACGGCCAGACGGGCUCUGGCAAGACCUACACGAUGGGAACUGCGUUCGAUGGGGUCAUGGAUGACAAUGUGGGCGUGAUACCGCGUGCAGUGCACGAAAUCUUUGAGGAGACGGCCGCCUUGGAGGAGGAGUUCCAUUUCAAAAUCACCUGCUCCUUUGUGGAACUGUAUCAAGAGCAGUUCUACGACCUGUUCUCGCCCAACAAACGCGAGGACAGCACUGUAGACAUACGCGAGGACAAGAACCGCAUUGUCCUGCCGGGACUCACCGAGGUCGAGGUCAAGCACGCCAAGCAUGUCACCGACCAACUGAUGCGCGGCUCCUCAGGCCGCGCAGUCGCCGCCACAGCUAUGAAUGAGACGUCGUCCCGUUCGCACGCUAUCUUCACAUUGACUGUUGUCACCACCAGAAAGACUGGCCAAAAGACAGUGACGACUUCCAAGUUCAGCCUGGUGGAUUUGGCGGGCUCUGAGCGCUGCUCAAAGACGCUCGCUUGUGGGGAUCGUUUCAAGGAAGGCGUCAACAUUAACAAGGGCCUCCUCGCGCUGGGCAACGUCAUCAAUGUGCUGGGCUCUGGCCAAACGGCGGGCUAUGUGCCCUAUCGCCAGUCCAAGCUGACACGCCUGCUGCAAGAUUCGCUGGGUGGCAAUUCGAUUACCCUUAUGAUUGCCUGUGUCAGUCCCGCGGACUACAACGUCGCCGAGACGCUCAGCACAUUGAGGUAUGCGGAUCGCGCACUGCAGAUCAAGAACAAGCCCAUCGUGAAUGUGGACGCGCAUGCGGCUGAGGUAAUGAUGCUCAAGGACAUCAUACAGAACUUGCGCGUCAAGCUGCUAGCCUGUGGCGGCGGCGGCGGUGGCGAUGGCAAUAGCAAUAGCCUUGGCAUUGACGGUCCCUGUAUGAACAGCUCCUCAGGGCUGAAAGAGCAGCGCCUUAACGAGCAGUUGGAGCAGCUGCAGCAGGCGAACGCUCGCAUUGAAAAGAAGAAUCAAAGGCUGCAGCAGGAGCUGCACCAGGCACUCAUCGAUCUGGCCGAGAAUGAGAUGCGUGCCCACAUAGCAGAGGUCACGCACGACAAGCUCAAAGCGCACGUGCUCGAGCUGAAGUCGAAACUGACCGAGACGGCAAUGCCCAAGGCAGAAGAGCAGGGUGUGCAGCACGAGCCGGAUCAGUCACAGCAGCUACUGGAUACGAGGUGGCAGGAGCAGAUGCGCGAAAUCACGCAGCUUGUGACGUGCGUGGACGAGGAGCUGCAGCAGACGGAAACCGCGCUGCAGGCGCAUCGCAAGGAAUGCCUCAACGGUGGCAACAGCAACGGCAGCAGCAGCGAGGACUCCAACUUUGGCAGCGAGGAGGCGCACGAGCUGAUGCAGUCGCGCGCCGAGGAGCACACGAUGAAGCAGCUGAAUCUGAACGGCGAACUGCGCAACAUAAAUCGCCAGCUGGACAUAAAGCAGGAGCUGCACGACCGCGUCACGCGCAACUUUAGCAAACUCCAAGACGAUGGCAUCGACGAGAAGUUCAAGCAGUGCGAGCAGAAGAUCGAGCAGCUGGAAUCGGAGCGACGUGAGCUGAUGGACCAGCUGCGUACCACCAAGCAAAAGGACACAUCCGCCAAGCUGGCCGAGGAGCGGCGCAAGCGGCUGCAGGUGCUCGAGCAGGAGAUUGUCGACAUGCGUCGGAAGAUCGUGCAGCAGGCAAAUAUGUUAAAGAUGCGCGAAAAAGAGCGCGAGAAGAUCCAGAACCUCAGCACCGAGAUACGCGCCAUGAAGGAGUCAAAGGUAAAGCUAAUACGCGCCAUGCGCGGCGAGUCCGAGCGCUUCCGCCAGUGGAAAAUGAUGAGCGAGAAGCAGCUGACGCAGCUCAAGAGCAAGGAUCGCAAGAUGCAGAGCGAGAUGGCGCGCCAGCAGACCCUGCACGCAAAGCAGCGCCUGGUGCUCAAGCGCAAGUGCGAGGAGGCGCUGGCCACCAACAGGCGGCUCAAGGAUGCACUGGAACGGCAGAGAGCUGCGCAGGCCCAACGUCAGCGUCAUGCCAAGGAUCAGCCGGGUGCAGCCAAGCUGGAUGCUUUGGUGGAUCGCGAACUGGAGGUGAUUCUCUCGCUGAUCGACGCGGAGCACAGUCUGGAACAGCUAAUGGAGGAUCGUGCCAUCAUCAAUGCCCACUGCUCGGAGAUUAGAGCGCAGCAGCAGCAGGAGCCGCAGCCAGACGCAGAACAGGCUCAGCUACUGGCCAGCCUCGAGGAGGAACUGGAGAUGCGCAAUGCCCAAAUAGCGGAUCUGCAGCAGAAGGUCUGCUCCAACGAUCUAGACAGUCGCAUGGCUGCGCUAUGCGAUAGCGUCCAGAGCAUAGGCGAGUCGCGUGCAAUUAAUAAGCAGCUGCUCAAGAGUCUCGUGCAGCAGCGGCGCGAACAGGCACAAGGCAUCAUGGAGCAGAAGGUGCUGGUGGAUGAGCAGCGCAGCCAGCUGAACGAGGCGCAGCAGCGGCACGAGGAGCUGACCAAACGCCUGCGCCAGGCGGAGAGAGAGCACGAGCAACUGAUGGCUAGCCAGCAGCGCAGUUACGAGGAGAAGGUCGCGGUGCUGCUGCGCAGUUCGCAUGCGCUGGGUGGCGCUGAGUCCCAAAAGCCCGAAGAUCUGGAGCGCCAGAAAAUAGUCGAAGAGCUGCUCAGCACCAAGGAGGCGUUGCAGCAGGAGCUCGAUCGCAUCAAGUCCAAACAAAAAGCGACAAAGAAGCCCCAGCCCGCCGAAGAGCAAGUUAUCUUUCUAAACGAUAGCGUGCUAAGCGACGGGCAUGAGGAUUCAGACAGCGAUCCCGACUGGGUGCCAUUGACAAAACGUUCCAAGAAGUCGCAUUCAGACACCGCAACGCUGGAAGCAGCUAGCGAGGGCGACAAUCCCAACGGCAGCACUAGCAUCAACAAUAAUACCACCGCCAACAACAGCCUGCAGGGCUCGAUAGACAUGAGCUCGAUAACGGAUGAGACGCGCAAAGGAGCGAAGUGCUGCAAAUGCCGCAAAAAUUGCAACACGAAGCGUUGCGGCUGUUUCUCGACAAGCAGCGGCUGCAGCAGCUCCUGCAAGUGCCGAGGCAACUGCCAGAAUCCAGUCAACAAUGCCGACAAGGAGAACUCCACGCCCAGCACAGCACAGAAUAUGACAGUUACGGUGAGCAGCGACGUCACGGAAGUCGAGCAGGAUUCGGAUGCGGAUGUGAUCAAAUCGACAGGUCACACGAAUCCCGGGCCGCUCUCCAGCCCGAACUCUGUGCUGGAGAAGCGUAACUCCCGACUGACCAGAAACUCGGAGCUGCUCCUGCAUACGCCCUCAACUAAACAGAAGUUCUUUUGAGCGCGAUACUAGUUAUUGCUUUGUCUUAAUCUCUUGCUCCAUAUAAGUUUUUAGUCGCAAGCAUUUUCAUAUGGUUUUUGAAGCAAACUUUCUAUUAAUAUUAGCAUAAGCAGUUAGAAAAAUAAACAUUGUCAAACCAACUCGCGUUUUCUAAGCUGACACGAAAGAGAAGGCGUCAUAGUGCAAGAAAGGGAUGGCAAGCACACGGUGCGAUCGGGAUGGUCCAUCGAAACUGGCUGAGCCGGAAUGAUCCUGUUGUGGUCAAGGUUACGGCUUGCGGUGCUCCAAAAUCCAUUAAUCGAACUCCUGAAACAACUUAAACUAAAUUAAGCUCUGUUGUAUUCUUACAUUUGUUAUUUAUAUUUGUUUAGUAUUUAACUUUUUCCGGUCACGUAGCAAACCCUACCAUGUACAUCGAUAUACGGUUCUUUACUUUAAAACAAAUUACCCGGCGUUGUGCGGUUUAAUUUAAUUGAAUUGAAUAUUAUUAAAAAAUGGAAACCUUUGCCAAAAAAUACAAUAACAGAUGUUUCAUUUUGAAGGAUUUUCAACAGUAGAUCGAUAAAUAUCGAUCUGCAUGCCAUCUAUGUGGUUUGACCAUGUUGACGAAUGAUUCCAAAGAAGCUACGGACGAUAUUAAAAAAAAAUUUGCCAUAUUGCUAAAUUAAAGGUAAGCGGAAGUAUUUUCAGUUUCCGUCGCAUAAGUAUUUGGUACAGGGUUCAAGGUAGAGGGUAACUCGUAGUCGGGCACUC